AUAAACUUUGAUACAUUUUACGCAACUACUUCAAAAGCUAGGAUUAUUUCUUGCAAAUAUUAACAGUCAGAUUGUUAUUAUUAUUAGCAUUCUGUUAUAAGGCUAGCUUAUCCUGCUCAAAUUUUCCAUUUGUUUUUAUUGUUUGCUCAGUCAUUCCAUUCAUUGGUGUGGAAUGCUUCAAUCCUCAUUUUUGUUUCCAUUCUCCCUUUUUGUUUUCCAUCCUCCAUGUCUGCGUGCCUAACUCUUUUCCAAUGCAGAAUUGAAAGUGCUAUUGAUACAGAAAUUUCCAAAGAAGAUCAUGACCAACACCAUAAACAUGAGCAUGACGCCCAUCACGACCACGAUAAUCAUCAUCAUUCACAUGAUCAUCAUGAGCAUCAUCAUUCUCACAACCAUACUCAUGAUCCCGGUGUUUCAUCUGUUAGCAUUGUUUGCGACGGGAUCCUAGAUCUCGAGAAGGCUAACAUGUGGCUGGGAACAUUAUUGAUGGAAAGGAGCGAAGAUAUAUAUCGGAUGAAGGGUCUUUUGUGUGUUCAGGGGAUGGAGGAAAGAUUUGUCUUUCAGGGAGUUCACGACAUAUGCCAAGGUUCCCCAGACAGGCCAUGGCUUCCCGAUGAGAAUAGGACGAACAAGAUUGUUUUUAUCGGAAAGAAUUUGGAUGGGAAAGAUCUAGAGAAGGGUUUCAAGGCCUGCCUGCUCUAGUGGUAAAUCCAUUGGAGAAUAUAAUCUCCGCAAGGCUAAUGGAAGGUGAAUUGACUUUUUUGCUUUUGAAGUUUCGCUACUUUUGUGGGAUUUUACUCGGUUGUUGUUGCUCUUGAACUUUCACUUCACCUAUGGGACUUUUGAACAAUUUUUGGUGCUUCAUGUUUGGAUGCCUCGAAAUUCACAAUAUUUAGUUAGUGAAUUUUGGUGGGGAAAAUAAAAAAAUGAGAUGGAAAACUAAUUUCUUUGUUUGGUUAGUGAGGAAAAGAAAAGAAAACUGAGAGGGAAAUAAAAGUGUAGAAAAAAUGAAUUAAAACUGGAAAAGUUGUUUCCUUUCAAAACAGGAUGGAAAAUGAGAUAAAGGCUUGGCGGCUUCUCCCUCUGAAAUCCAUCUCCGUCUCCCAAGAAGGAUGAAAAGUAAGAGACACCCGCUAAUUCAUCCGCAUGCUAGAUUUGUUUUUUUCUUCAUAAUUUAGAAUUUGAGUCAACAGUUGUGAAAAAACUCAUAAAAAGAGAUGUAAAUA